AUGGCUGGACGAACACAUUUGGAGGUUUCGGAUGUGGCGCUGGGUUUCCUCCUGCUGUGCUCUGUAACGGGCUUGUUGUUGAUGGAUCAGCAGAGAAACGCCGAGGAUGAGCAGGAGCUCGACAAAGCUAUUCUGGAAAUGCUGCAUAUCAACAAAGUGUCAGCAAGCCACCAUGCUAAACCACAUCCUUACAUGAGGAAGGUUUACCAGAAGCUGGACGCGCUGGAGGUGCAGGAUUUGGGGAAAUCAGACGGGACGCUGGUGCAGGGGUUUCGGAGUGUCAGCGGCCCGCAGGGAUGGAUCUGGUUCAACAUCACCAGCUUGAGCCCCUUCAUGAUGGGGGCAGAGCUGGUCCUGUUCAGGAAAGCCCUCCACCCUCAGCCGCUCAGCGUGUCUGUCACUCUGCACAGUGUCAUUGCUUCACGAGGACGCCUGGACGAACGUCCCGUCCUGGAGGAGAGACAGCUGGCCCUGGACCAGCGGCCGCCGUCCGGCUACGACGUCUUCGAUGUGUCUGCUGUGCUGACUGCGAAGCCCGUGGAGGCUCUGGGCUUCCAGCUGCGCUACACGGAUGAGAGCGGGAGUCUGGUGCUCCAUGAAGCCCUGACACAGAGUCUGUACUGUCUCCACAGAGGCUCUCUGAGCGAACCCUUACUGGUGCUCUACCAGGCACACCCUCGCUCGCUAACAUCAGUCUAAUGCAGGUGGAGCCGCCCACCUAUGGCUUUAAAGCUACUUUACACGUCACAGACAGUCACGUAGGAGCACGGCAGCACUGAGGCGGGAGCUCUGGACAUUUCUGAGGUUAAAUUGUGCUCAAAGAUUUUUAGGUAACAUUUGCAUUUUGUUUUUGUAAGACUGCUUAAUAUUAAUAAUGCACAUGUAAUUAUUCCCCGGGGAACAGCUCGUGUGCUGAAUCAGUAUUAGGGAGCUGACACUGUCGCCUGCAUCAGAGGAUGAUGUAAACAUCAGCAGCGUCUGCAGGCGGCUCUGUUCUGUGUCAGCGGAGCUGCUACGUCAGCAGCUGGAGCUCUGUGGUGUAAAGCUGUUACUGUCUUCUUCAUGUCAGCUGUCUUUACACUCGCACAGAUCCUCUGCCGCUCACGCCUCACAUGAAACGACUGUUCCUAAAUGUUCUUCUGCCUAUUACAUCACUUCUAUCCACUGUUGCUUUGACCUUUAACCUCUCUUUAGAACUGAACUGAAAUAAACCCUCAGCAUAA